AUGAGUUACGAAGUGACGGACGAACCGGCGUUCAACAGCGACGAUCUGAUGAGCAUGGGUCAGUUCAACAUGACCCAGCCACUGGAAGACAUGAAGCUGGACAAGAACAUGGUCUGGCUGCUGGUGUCGCUGCUGUCUUCAAUCGUGUGGGUCGUCUACAUUACGUUUUACAACGCCCGCCUGUUCGGUUGCAUCAUCACAAAGCUCGCCAACCGGCUGUACGUACGCGGUGCGUACUUUAAGAUUGGUGCGCUAACGGUCAACCCACUGGCGGGUAAGAUCAUGUUCCGGGACGUGGUCUACGUGUGCUUCGACUACACGGUACGCGUCCAGGACGGGUACUUCAUUUUCCGCUGGUGGCGUUCGUACGUCCCGAAGGACGUAUCGGAAGAUCUGUCCCACUCCGACACCCGGCUGUCGGUUAUGUUGAACGGGUUCGAGAUGCACAUCUACAACCGGUCCGAUCUGUACGCUCGGUUGGAGAAAACGUUCGGCUUGAAACCAUCGGUGCUGGUGCCAACGGAAGAUAUGAGCGCCGAAGAGAUUGCCCGCUUCAAGGAGCAGAUUAUGAACGAUGAAAACCAACGACACAGCAGUGAGGUCGCGGCCAAGGUCAAGAAGAAGCGCCCGGAAGCGAUGACGGCGACGACAUGGCGCGAUCUCAUUCCCGUCAUCAAAAUUGACAUCUGCUCCGGGCGCUUUGCGUUCGGCAAUCGGCUUACGCCGACCACACUGUCGCUGUGUGUGGAAGAAGCGCACUGCGUUUACAGCACGAAGCCGGCCGUCUCGACGUUGGACCACUUUAUGCACUUCGUCAAGGCGAAGGUGGAGAAUGCCAAAGUGCUACUGGCACCGAGUCCCAAGUUUACCGGUAUGGUCGACGAACCGCCGCGUUACAUGGGCGAAGGGUUCGUUGUGAUGAUGGCGAGCCUGAUGGAACUGUACUUCUACAUGGACGAGGCCGGUGUGGUGCCGGAGGAACCGGUUACCCUCACGCUUGCCAACGGGGAUGUGGUGGAGGCCGCUCCACCCGUUUGGGGGAUCGACAUUAAGUGCGGCAAAGGGACAGACUUUAGCUACGGACCGUGGGCGGACCGACAGCGAGACCAUCUCUUUAAAUUCUUCUUCCCACCGGACUAUCAGCCGAUGCCGGUAACACAACCCCCGAAACCGGGCGAUCGGCGUGAGGUUCGAUCGUUCGACAUAAGUCUCUGCACGCUGAACGAAGCCACGAUCGAUGUGCUGUUCUCCAAAAACAAAGAAACGAACGCGGUCCAUGUGAACAUCGGAGCGGGAUCGUAUCUAGAGGUAACGCUACCGUGGAUCAUUCUUCAAGAUGGAAUAGCCACGAAGGUAACCGGCCAGUUGUUGCACGUUGAGGCGACCACCAGCUUACAGUACCGCAGUUUGGCUGAAUGUGAAACGCUGCAGUUUAACGUGAAGGUUCACUAUCCCAUCAAGUGGAACGAUCAUCAAGAGUGGACGAUCAAUUUGACGGGAAGCAAAGCGACGGCAUACAUCGUUUUCUCGCACAAGGAAUUCUUUCAGGAUCUGAUCGAAGACUGGGCCUCGAAGGCGCGCCCCGACAUUCUCAGUUUUGUGCCGUACACGUGGAAGUUCGGUGUAAUACUGAAGGAGUUUGAAAUAUUGACGCUCAGCAACGAGUUUAAUUGGAUCGAUUGCUCCAGCACCAACCAGGAGAACCAUCAUCUCGCGUUCUGCGGCGAUCUGUUCGAUCUAAGCUUCUCGCUACCGUUCGAUGAUUUCCUCCCGCUGAAGCUACCGAUCGUGUUUUGGAUUCACGGCGAGGGGCUCGAUCUGAGUAUGUAUCUGCCGGAAAUAUCGAGCAGUCGAUCGAUCCUCUUGGCUUUGGACGAGAACGCACGGAUUCUUACGCGCGACGGAAGCGUCCGGAAACGGUCGGAAUUGUUGCAUAAAAAGUGGCGCCGGGUGUGUUUACGAUCGACCGGCUGGAUCGACUGCUGGACGGUGCCGAUUGUGGCGCUUUCGAUCAAGUACAUCUACCACCCGAUGCCACCGCUUGGGCCGGAUCCACAGGCGGACAUUACGACACCGGAAAAGGAGGAAAUACUGCUCAGUCCGAUGCGGAUACCGAAGCUACGCAAAUCUCCGGCCAUCACGUGGACAGCGGUGGCCGAUGGUGGUGCACCACGGUUCGAUCCAACAUCGCUGCCCCCGGACCAGGUGUCGGUGGAACUGGAAAUUGGUUCGUCGGUGAUGCUGGCGUAUGGGGCCAUCCUGCGCAACUUCAUUCAUCUGAAGGAAAACAUUUUCGGUGAAGACCAAACGUUCACCGACAUGGAGCACUCGAACUCGAAGAGCAAUUCGCGCACGAACCCGUUGGUAGUUGGUGGCGGCGGCGGCAGCGGCAAGGCAUCGUCGAAAGAUGACCCCUCAAAGUCACUCUCGGAGGCCAGCCUGAACCCGGACGAGAAACCGAAACGUUUCGAUCCUCGGCUCUACCGGCCGCUGGAGGUGAUCGUCAGCGUGACGAUCCACGAUCUGCAGGCACACGUGAUGAAGAACUGCACCGAAACGGAUCCUCCGUGUCCGAUUGUGCUCAUCGAACGGCUCGGAUUCGAGAUGAAGAAGCGGUUCCAUGAAACCGAACUCCAGGUGCUGGUGAGCCCUUCGUUUGUCAUUUCCUCCGACACUGCCAUCCGCCCCGGAAAGGAUAAACAUUUGCGACAGGGACACUUGCUUCUGUCGGCGGUGCAAGUGCGCGGUCACGCAAUGUUUAGCAACGAGGGCCGCCAGCUGGAAGAGGAAACGCUCGAGUACGCAUGGCUACUGGAGGUGCAGCUCGGGAAACUGUCGGGCAAAAUGACUCUCUCGCAGCUGUGCAACGUGGUGACGGGCCUGGAAACGCUUGCCUUUCUCACGAUCGAUUCGGAAAAUGAACUAAAGUCACCGAAAACGGUUCGUUACUGCCACCACGGUGUUCCAUCGAAUACGUGUCCGCACACGAAGGAAGAUGCCAAGUAUCGAUGCCCCUCGACGGAGGACAUCAAGUAUCGGAUGACACGCGUUGCGAUCGAUGCGAUCGAUUUGUAUCUGAUUGAAACGGGCACCGCCAUGCACACGUGGGUGUCCCCGAUACGGUUAGCCACGUGCAAUCUACACGGCCAGCAGGUGAAAUCGGGCAUUACGGGUCUCAUACCGACGAUUCUGUUGCGUCAGUUUGUGUCAACCGGUGGUCACUACAGUCAGUACAGUAGCGGGAAUUCGCACAGCAACACCAACACCACCGGCAGCAGCCGUUCGGCUAAGCUACACCAUCAAAACUCGACCAAACAUGCGGACGAUCCGUCGCACAUCCGCAAGUCGUCAGACGAAGCGACGGGCCCCGCCAUGAUAUCGUCCAUCGGGUCCGCUUCGUCCGCCGGUAUUAAGUCGAAUCCUCGCCGCGAGGCCGCAGCCGUUGUUGGUCCCGACCUACCGGCUCAGCAUCCGCCGCACCGGAAGGACUCGAAAGAGCACAAGGAAGAUCCGUACGGUUCGAUAUCGAGCAGAAAGGGCCGCGAUCGAGAGGAUGCUUCCGGUGGUACGUACUAUCGGCGUGACAAGGACGAUCCGUAUGCCUCGCUGCACUCGGCCCGAAACAGUGGGCGAGAAAUCGAUUGCAACGAACCGUGGCUCGAGGUUGGCUGUGUUUCGCUGGGUCCGAUCAUUAUCGAGGCCGCUUCGGCCCUUCCCAUUCCGGAGCACUGUUUGCAUCUGGUGCAGCAUAGCUAUUUGAAAGUGCACGACGAGAAGAACAAGAAGCUGUGGUUCCUCUGGUCAAGCGCCACCGAUCCGGUGCGAUGCGGUUGUGUCGGAGGUUGUGCCUUUUUUGGCACCAACCGGAAUGGACCAAGAUUUUUCAAACCAUCGGCCCAGGACAUUCAAGAGUUUAUCAACAUCGCCCGGUAUCACAUACACCAGAGCGGACGGGAGUACGGAUUUGGCCAGAGCUUGCUGCACGAAGGCCAGCUCGUGUUCCACACACCUCCCUACAGUCUGCAGCCAGUGUCGCUGCAGGAAUGCUACGAAUAUAUCGGAAAACCCAGUCUGCACCGGGCCGGUGGUCACCGACAUCCGCCGGCGCACGGCGGUGGGCCACCCUCGGCCUGCUGUGGCACGACGGCAGACACUAAAUCGCCCCAUUUGACGCAGAAGCACGACACACAAAAAUCGGUCAGCUCAUCGGCUGACAUUUCACCCAACAGCACACUGGUGAAACAGGGCGGAAGCUGUUCCUUGGCCAGCGCGACCAACUAUGCCGUCAACAGUGCUUCGGCGGCGGCAGGUGCUGAGCAGCGGUCAGGAAAAUCGUCCCUCGAGCGGUUGAAAGAGAAGGACACCGGCUCACCACACGGUUCGGAGAGGGUCCGUGGUCGUCGCUUCUCCUACACCAGUGGAAGACAAAGUACGAUUUCACACGAUGUGCCCUACAGCCGGCUGCUGGAUGCGAGUCCCAAAACGACGGCCAACAGCUCGAAGGUGUCGACCCCGACGCCGUGUCGUAUCGAUUCCGAAUCACGGUUGCUCGCAUCGAAAGGAUUUAAGGUGCCCAAAGCUUCCCAAAUGUCUGCGUCGGAUUCGCGACUGAUGGCAGAAUAUUUGCAGGGCGAACUGUUGGACAUGUCCGCCGUGUUGCCGAUGGGUGACGAUCAUACGGCCCAUACGGCGCCGCACUUGCCGCCGCAUCAUUCCCUCCAUCAUUCCCAGCAGCAGCAGCAGCAGCAGUCCCAGUUUCACCACAACCCGUACCAGCAGCACGGUCAUCACCACUCACCGGUGCCAAUGGAAAUGUCACACUCUGCGCCGGCCCCCGGGCACCCUUUGCAGUCCGAUUCCGAGCAAUCGCUCGGAGGAAUCGUUCCCGGUGGCGUCUUACGGCCACUGCCCUCCGACGACGUGAUAAUGCGUGACGUACAGCGAACCGUUUCGCUUACCUCGGAAAAUCCUUCCGAAGCGUUCUUUUCGGCCGACGAAGAUCUACACGCAUCGCGCAGCUCGAGUCUGAAGGCGACCGGAAUCGACCAUCACGUGCAUCCGGCUGCGAUACAGAAAAAACGCUUCGCAUCCGAUCUCAGCAUCGUCGGUCCGAACGAGCUCGAAGGUCGCCUGUCGACGCACCGUAGCGACUACGAGAUUCACACGCCCGAGCACCGAUCUCUUCCGAUGCGGCCCCAAUCGACCGCUGAGCUGAAUGAGGAGGAACGGCGCAUCCACGGUCUAGCGACACCGCUGCGUAAGUUUAGCAACAUUUCACCCCGCCCCGAGUUCCGUCAUUUUAAGCCGGUCUAUGAUGUCGAUCCGCAGGAUUCUUCCGAAUCGCACUCGCUAUCGUCGAGCUCGUUCAUCUCCGCACUUUCGUCACAGGAAGACAUUACGCUGGUUAACUUGCACAUGCAGAUCAACCGCCCGAUAGUGGACUCACCACUCCUGAUGGCGAGCUACGUGACGCACCUGGCCCAUGUGCGCUGCUCGAACUGGACACACUGCUCCAUGCCGAUGGGUGCGGAUGCAUUCUCCAUGCCGCUCUUUCAGCAGAACGAAGACGGUGGCCUGGUGUACAUCGGUGGCAAGUUAAUACCGCACUUUGAUACCUACUCGAACUGGCGUGAGGUGAGGAUUAUUUCCCGGUACGAUGGGCAGCCACCGGCGGCGACGAGCGGCGCAGCGAGCGGUUUCUCCACCCUGCCGAAACCGCAUCCUUGGGAUCCGAGCGUUUUGGUGCGCAGCAGCUUCGACAAGCAGGAGAGCAAGGAAAGCGAAAACGAGUUUCUCAGCUCGCAAGGGGAAAUUGCAACGCGCAACUCGAUCGUCGUCCGGUUUAAAGGGCAGGUCGACGUGAUGCUGACACCGUUGCUGCUCGAGGGUCUGCAGAGGAUGAUCGAGUCCCUGACACCGACGCUCUCAACGCUGCAUCCCCUUACUGUGGUCAACGAUAUUCAUGCGUCGUGCGUACGCAAAGUAGAAGCGGUCAACAUACUGAAGCGUGAUCAGUCGCUCAGCUACUGGUCGCAAGUGCACUCUAACUCGAAGCGAUCGACCGCCGAACGUAACCUUCAGGGACCCGGUGGACCGGUGCUGACGGACGUUUACGAAGAAAGCAUUUCGACGCAGGUGCAGGGCCUUAUCGUCCUUCCCAAGAUCAACGUCACGCUAAUCCAAAGUUCGGUCGUCGAAGAAGUGAUCUCCUUCGCUGCACUGGACAACGUUCAGGAGCUGAGCUGUGCUUCGCUGCUGGCGGUGUGCUUCGAAGGGGUGUCGACCCGCUUCCACCUGGGCAAAACGACGAAAGCUUCGAUGCACACCGUUUACACGCAGCCCACCGUUCGAUCGGGUGGGCUCAAGAAGAGUGGUCUCAUUCGCGGAACGCGCGCUCUGUUGGCACAUUUGUCUUCCCAGACGCGUCCGGACAACGUUCCCGGAGAACCAAUUUUACUGGAAACCUCGGAGAAGCAGCUCGAAGAGUUGAUCAUUACGCUGGACAUUGGCAAAGCGCACGCACAGCUGCGUCGACUGAAAAAUGAAUCGGCCAACCUGCCCGACUCGCAGAUCGUGAUAACGGCCAUACCGGCACACCGAAGUCGUGCCAUGUUUGACUGCACACGCGUUCCGGAUGAAGCGGCGGCCACGAUGGGCGACGGGAGCGCCAAUGCGAACGGUGGAUUGGGCUACAUUAUGUUCGAAGGCGGCUUGGAGGGCGUCAGUGUGAAGAUUGUGAAGCGAUCGCAGUUUGAGAAAUCGGAAAAUGCGGCCGAAACACUAAAGUCUGAACCGGAAAUGGCACCACCCCACCACCAGUCGACCACACACUCGGAAGCGAACCAGAACAGCGUGACACUGAACAAUCCACUCAAUUUGGUGACGCUCCUCAACGAAGCGGGCGGUAAUAUGGCCGCCGAAGCGUUGGCCAAGUUUGGCAUGAAGAAACCGGGAACACCCAAGGCUAGUGGGGCAACGAAAGAUCGUCCGCUGUUUGAGGGAAAAUCAAAGGAAAAGCCUGCCGCUUCCUCGGCCAUAACGAGCGAUGGUGGUAACAGGUCGUUCAAGACGGUUCUCGUUCCGGAUGACACGGAUCCCGUCACCCUUCGUAGCUCGUUUGUCGGUGAACCGUCCGCAGUGGGAACCGGCGGCCACCCAGCUCAACCGGGAUCAUCGACCACGGCAGCACCACCCGGAACAGGAAGCGUGCCUGGCGCCAGUGGGCCGCAGCAACCCGUAUCGUCGAACCCUCCGGGAGCUAGCUUUGAUGCGGCAGGAGGAGCAGGAGCAAACCCGGGAACAAGUGGAAACGGAACGACCACCACCUCUGCCGCCGGUGCCAUUGUUCCGUGCAGUAACGAUAAUGGCAAAACUUCGUCAUGUGUGAUCGACUUCAAGACGGUUUGGUUUAACUUUGCCGCUCCGCCCCGAUCACCCAUCACUCGCAAGAUCGACUAUACACGGCUCGACUGGAAUCUGCUCAGUACCGCUUCGCCCGCCAUCACGGCGUGGAUGAAUCCGAGCAAUAGGUUUGCCAUCAAAAUCGUCGCCCUCAUGAAAGCGAUGUACAUUCGCCGGACAGCCAUCACGGUGGCGCUGAUGGCCGACGCCUGGGACCGACCGUCGCUGCACCGGCCGGUCAAGAGUCGGUACGUUGGAAAGUUUACACCGCUCGCCAAAACGUUGCAAGAGGAUCCCAGCUGUCAGCUGUGUACGGUGCUGCAGAAGUACGUGCUCGAUGAGAACGCGGCCAAAGUGGAGGAAAUCUUACGGCACCAGUAUCUGCCGCAGUUGAGCACCAUGCGACAAGCCGUCAUCGUUUUGAGUCGCCAGUGGAAGAACGUGCUCUACAAUCCGAUGCUGUUUGAGCACCAGUAUAAGGGAAAGCUGGCGAAGCCGGUGAACGUAACAUUCGCAUUGCCACAGGACGAGGAUGCCGAAGACACGGAUGACAUCGAUACGGAUAACUAUCCGGUAGGAACCAUCGUCGAAAGCCAUCCGCUGCUGGAGGAGGAAAACGAACACACGAUGCUGCUGGGACAGUGCAUUCAAACGCAGCACCAUCAGCAGUCGGCAGUGGCAGUCGGCUCGCAGCACCACCACCACCACCAGCAUACUGGCCAGCCACCACACCAUGUAAUCAAAAUACCAGAUGAACCACCACCGGUGCCGUCGGCGGUGCACAUGGUGACGGCAACGUUGGGCGAUUCCCUUAAUACCUCCCCCAGUACCACUAACACUUCGCGGCUGACCAACAAGCUGCGCAAGAAAUCGUCGGUAAAAAGUUUCAUUCCACCACCGGCAGCGCCACCGUCGCGUGCCAGCAUUCAGAUGUUCCCGAACAUCUUCGAAAAGCAGGACCCGACCAUCGAGUACGGUGCACUGCGCGAGGGCUCCGUCCCGUCCGUGUGCAGCUCGUCCGACUCGAUGGACAAAGCGUGGACACCGCCGGCCAACCACAAGGAGGACCUCUACUCGUGGAUGGCGAAGCAGCAGAGCGAAAGCACGAAGCAGCGCGAAAAGCAGAAAACCACUCAAACCAGUCGCACCCCGCUUCCAGGGCGCCCGGCAAUCCACUCGGUAAAGUACACGCAGGAUAACAAUCGCAUCCUGGACGCGCACCUCAUCUUCGAGCCGAUGCUGACCUGCCUCGGCGUGAUGCCGCAGCAGAUGAUCAACAAUGUGUCCAGCAAGGACGUGUCGUCGCUCGAGAGCCUCGGCACCAAUCUGUCGCUCGUGUGCUCGUUCGACACGAUCCGCAUCGACAUUGUCGUGAGUGAGGCGGGCGAUGGCAAGAAGCCGUCGUCGAAGCAGAAGGAACCGAAAAAGCGUGGCAACGGCAAGUUUGCCAUCAUAGUGUCGUCAGGCGAACAGCCGGCCUUCCUGUGCGAGCAGGUUGGCGUCGAGCUGGAGGUGCUGAAAAUGACCGAUGGCUUCCCGGACGACACGAAGCCGGCGAUGCUGUACGUUUCGCGCGGCCAGCUCAAGAAGCACACCAGCACGGUCAUCAACUUUAGCCUGAACGUGCGCUACAUCUCGCAGCAGGUCAACAUGCCGCUGUUGCGGUUGCUGCACCAGAUCACCAACAUGUACCAGAACGUGAAGGAUGCCCAGAAUGAGCUGCGUGAACAGCAGCCGGACCACGGCGGGAAGCGCAGUGCACCGCUGAAGGACGAAUCGAGUCUCGCGUCGGAGAUGAACGACCCAACGUUGAUGGGUUCGCUGAACGAACCGCUGAUGGCGCACAUCGAAACGUCCGGCAUCUUCGAUUACACCGACGAGCGGUACGAUAAGUUUAACGAGGACAUCUCCACGAUGCGGCACGAGCUGCGCCACUCGAUCAGUCGCAGUAAAAUGCCCACCCUAGGGCCACUGAUCCCGCUGACACCGUCGCCGAAUUCGCGCAACCGACCGCACAGUUUUGCGCAAAAACUGCGCAGCACCAGCAAGUCGGUGAAGGGCAAGCUCGGGUACACGAACCUGAACGAAACGGUCAACACACCGAUCAAAACAAGCCCGACGGCGGCCGUCGCCGGUGCCGGCUCAGGCUUCACGUUUUCCGAGGCACACUCGAAGCAGUCACUGGAGGCGAAAAAUUCGUUAACCGGCGGACUGUCGAGCACGUUCGGUGAUUUCACCGCUCCGUUCGAUCGAUCGACCUUCACGGGUCCGAUUCAUGGGAUAAUGGAUACGCCAAAGUGCUGGAAAACGGUCUACCAUCUGCUCGAUCUGUACUCGGCGAUGCCGGAAACGAAGACCAUCGCUCAUCGUGUAUCCAUUUCGCCCGACGCGGUGGAACAGAUCAAGGCACGGAAGUACAAUCUGCUGCAUGAAAGCAAGAGCGCCCGAGAGGAGGACGACAUGCAUGCGGCGGGGUUGCCCACGGGCGGUCAGGCGGCCGGUACGGCCGUGAAAGAUGUGGGAAUCGUAACUCAGGAACGAACCCGGCUGGUGGUGUUUGGGGUGGCCAAAAUACAUCGCACUCGGCUACUGGCCACGUUGAGCGGACUGAAGCUGGAGGCAGAAAUAACGGCCCUCCACAGUAGCACCACGUGGCGCAAGAAAUCGCGCCCCGCAUCGCUCGAGUGUUCCCUCACGGGGCAGGUCGGUCGGGCCAUGAUCGUGUUGCUGGAAGGUGUCCAACCAAAUCAGCAAACGACGGUGGUGAGGGUUACGAUUGGCAAAAGUCAAACACUGUACUCGAGCAUCACGCGCCGCGGGAAGGACAAAAACAAUGGGCUGCUCUCGAUCGGUAUCGUCAACGUGGACAUACCGCAGCAUCCGGUCGCGUUGCACGGUAUGAUGACGCGCAGCUCGAAGCAGAUUUCGUCCACGCUGCAGGAGCUGCGUGUGACGCGUACCUCCGCCCGGUUGACGCGCCAAAACGAGGAACCGGAAUCUCCACUGCACCAUCAUCAUCACCACCACCACCAUCAUCACCACCAUCAUCAGCAGCAGCGUGAUUCGCGCGAGAAGGGCCCUGUAGCGGGGGGGGUGGCCAAUCAACGGAAGCACAGCACCGCCACCGUGCGUACGCUGACGGGUGUUUCGUUGGGUGCCGGCAACAAUCCGAGCGGAUUGCUGCAACCGCUCGUGAUGCAGUUUAACAUUAUCCUGCAAAGCCUGUCGAUAAGUGCCGCACUGUUGCCUUCGCUGCAGGCACAGUACAAAAUGGAUCACGUCUCGUCGACGGGCGUGACCGGGAGCAAGGCAAAGUUCACGAUCGAUCUGCCGAACCAUUCGCUCAGCUUUACGACGAAGAUUCAAACGACCGAAACGAACCUUCCUUCGGAGGCGUGCAUUGCGUUGCCACCGGUGCACGUGAGUGCCGAGUACGUGCCGGAGGCCACCAGUGAGGAGGUCCCGAUCGAUGGGGUCGUCCUGCGGCAGGGUGGCUAUCUGGCGGCGUCGGCCGAAAUCGGUGUCUUCGAGCGGUGCCUCACGACGGAUCUGCUCAAUCAUCUGGUGUUUGUCCAGAAAGUGUUCAUGAAGGAGGUGAACGAGGUGGUGCAGAAGGUGUACGGUGGCGAGAAACCGGUGCCCCUCUGGCUGGAGGAAUCCGAAGAGAAUGGGUCGACCAUGAAACGGAUACUGUUUUCGCUGAACAUACGCGUGAAGCGAAUCCAGCUGACCGCCACUACGCCGUGCUCGUCGGCCGUCCGGUUCGAGACGGGCCAGCUGGAGUUGCAUCUGUCGAAUCGCGUGAAAAACAUUGCCGACGCCUCGAACACGAAGCUCUUCGGGAAGGCACAGAUUGAUCUGAACCUUUCGCUCGGCCAGAUCAUCAAGAACGUUAUCUUCGACGAAGCCGAACCGGAGUUCCAGCAGCACGCGUUCUUCAACACCACCAUCGGGCUGCGGAAUGCGUUCCAAAACGAGAUGCUGAACGACGACAAGGAGCUGGUGCUGAUUACGCUCAAACGGCCGCUCAUCUACGUGCAACCGAUCGCCGUCGACAAAGCCAUCCUGGUGUGGUUGAACUACAAGAACGCGUACGAGUACUGGACGGAGAAGCGGGCCAAUCUGAACAAGGAGGUACUGAUGGCUACGCAGCAGGUGCUGGAAAAGGUCCCCUUCGGCCAGCUCAGUCACCAUCUGGCGACGUCGGCCAAUCUGUCUACGCUAUUCCUCCAGCUCACGGUCGAGGACAUGGGCAUCUGUUUGCCGCUGAAUCAGGCGCCCCAAAUCUGGGGCAAUCGAUCGGUGCAGGACUUUGAGCAGAAGGGUGCCGUCGUGAUCACGCUCGAGAACACCAUCAUUUCGGCGUGCAGUUCCGGAUCGCUCGUUUCCAACGGUCGCUUCGUUGGGCUGUGUUUGCGGUUUGCCGACGACUUUGACUCGUCACUGGACGAGUGGAAACCGAACAUGAACGAUGCGAGCAUCAUGAAUCUGUGUGUGGUGUCGGAGGGCACGUACGAGGUGUGUUCCCGUACGAUCGCUGCCAAGCACCCGGACAAUGCCAAGUGGUUCCUGAACGUAAAGUGGCAGAUGGAAGGUGUGGACAUUCAUUUGGAUGUCAACAUUGGCAAGCAACUGUCGGCCCUGGGCCACACUCUGACCAUGCUAACCGGUUCGGAGGACGACGAACCGAUUUCUUCCGACACACCCGACAGUGACGAUAUCGAUGCCAGCGGACCGCCGCCGGGUGGCAAGGAGUCGAAGUCACGCAAAUCGGUUGACUCGCUGCCGUCGUUCCUGUUCGACACUACGCUGGAUCCGAAGAAGCGGUCUCUGCUGAUGGAAAACGAAAUCAACGAGCAGACGAAGAUCGUGAACGAUCUCAGGACGCUCGGUGCUUCGACGAAGACGAUCGAGAACGAGGAACGGCGAUUGCAGGAGCUACAAGCCGUGUACUACAAGUACUUCCGGCGGGACAUGAUUCAGAAAUGGAAGCGACCAGCGAUGCGCAAACCGAUGCUGAAGGCAGCCAAUCGUUCCCGUUCGUUUAUCGCACCGUCACCGACCCGAGAGGAUCUGAUUGACGCCGGAUGCCUGGUGGACGGUAUAGUGGGAUCAACGGGAGGUUCCGGCCCACAGGGUGGUGGAGCUAGCAGCGUGCUGGAUGCGUUCACCGGAAGCGAAGAUAUGAGCAGCUUGCAGGAAUCGCCCAGUUCGGGCCCUUCAAGGACGGCCUCGUUGCGGGUGAAAAUUCCGCCCAACUCAUCGCGCGUCACGUUUACCGAGGCAAUGCGCCAGUCGUCCCUGCCGAGCGCCGACUCGGACGUGGCCGCGUACUCGGAUUCCGGGCUCGAUUGGCCACGGUGUGACUCGAGCUCCGUCGCAUCCGAUGUGCCGCAUCUGCUCGAAAUCGACGGUGAACAGGUGGAGCUGCGCAAGAAAAGCCCAAGCCAUCCGCAGAAGCAGCAGGAACCGAACAUUGACUUCGAGCUCGACAUCAAGGUGCUGGUCAAUUCGGGCAAAUGCGUGCUUCACACCAAAGACAUCCACGACGAGCGGCUGUCGUCGACGAUCGGUGGCAGUGGUACCAAUAGCAAUGCCACGACCGCGCCAACGGCAGCGGCGAAGCACCAUAAGCGCGAGCGAAGCACGGGCGGGGCCACCGACUGGGGAAGUCCGGUGCCACCGCGUCGGAACAAGGAUAAAUCGCGGCUGAAGUACAACACCACACCGUACACGGCCCUUGUCGAUCUGACCAUCUUCCACAUUCCGGGCCUGGACGUGAAGCUGCAGUAUCAAUCGAAGACGCUCGGUGGAGACGAUGCGUCGCCGCGUAUGAGCACCACCGAUCCGUUCGGGACGGCUCGCAAGCUGGCCACGAAACGGGCCACCCUGUUCGCGUGGAUGACACUGCAAAGCAUCCCGGAGGAAACGAUCAUCUCGCCGCACAUCCUCGAGUUCCUAGAGCAAACGCUCGAACCGAUCCCAUCUUCCAAAACGGGCGGUGGAAUCGGCAACGGAAGUGCCGGAAGUGGUGGCGUCGGUGUCGGUGGUGGUGGUACGGGAACGGCGGCGGGUGGUGCCUCGAAUCCGGUCAAUUUGCCGAUGCUCGAGCACAACUAUGCCGCCGUUUACGCCAGCUUCCCGGUCGAUGUGGUCGUUUACUUCCACAUGCAACCGUCCACUUUCCGGUUCUCCUGUUUGCCCGUUUCGCGCGUCGAGUGUAUGCUGCAGCUGCCAAGUUUGGACAUUAUUUUCAGCUCGAACCGGCACGCGGACGACGAGGCGGCAGCCGGGGUCGUCGGGCCUGGUGCGUCGGGCGAUACAUUGCCGGGUGGCGGUGAUGGUGGGAAAGCAGCCGGUGGGCUGAGCGUGACGGGAUGUUUGGCCGACUUUAACGUCUACAUCUUCCACCCGUACGGUGGCAAGAAGAGCAAUCUGAAGGAGGCGCACCAGUUCUCGCCCCUGGCCGACAGCGAACGGAAGGACUCGCUGAGCAUCAACGUGGAGUUUGUAAAGUUCCACAUAACGCGCUCGAAGAAGAUCAACAUGAUCGAAACGGGUGGCCUGCUGCGCAAACAUUCCGAUCAUUCGGCAUCGAAAGCGGUCAUACGCUUUUCGACGAUCGUGGACAUUGGUUCGGCAUCGUUCAAGUACGAUAUGCGCCGGCUGACGGAGAUCCUGGCCUUCCCGAAGGCCUGGUACCGGCGCAGUAUCGUGCGGCGAAUGUUUCUCGGUGAUCUGAGCAUACCGCAGGCAAGCAUGUGCGAUCUGGAACUGCCGAUACCGGCGGAGUGCAGUGGUCAACAGGAGCGGGGGCCCGUACCCGGCGGUUCCUAUGGUUCGACUGGCGGCGAUGGGUCCGAUGAGUCGUCACGGCGGGCGAUGAGCCGCGAUCGGUUGCGGCUGAGUUUGGAGAAUGAUCUGAACAAGGCGCAAGCCAGCGGCGGCCUAGGAACGGGCGGAAGCGGAGCCAGCAGCGCAUCGUCGACGGCCAGAAUAAAGGAUCAGAAAUCGUCCAGCCUGGAUUCGACGUCGUCGCCCUCGGAUGUGAACCAGAUAACGUCCUGGGAAACGUUGGUUCUGUUUGCGGUCAACUUUACGAAGCUGAACGUGCAGAUGAACAUGGGAAACGUGAUGGGAAAUAUCGUGUGGCUAACGAAGGCGUUCCGGAGCGAUGGCCGGCUCAGCAUUGGCAGUACGGGUCACAAGAACAUGUACAUCGGGGUCGGGCUCGGUGGAUCAUCGUUGGACGCGAAGGGUGGCAUCGUCGGCGGUACGAUCGAUCUGAGCCGGAUCGACACGUACAUUCACAUCCGCGAGGACCCUGGUUCGGAGCCGGACCACAAGGUGGGCAUCAAGCUGAGUGCGCUGGAGCUUAAGUUCGAUUACAUGGGCACGAGCGUGCUGAUGACGCGCGUGAGCUCGCUGAACGCGCAGCUGCGGGACGAGUGGAAGUUUUCGAAGGACCACGAUUUCACCAACAAGCUGCCCACCAACUAUCCGGCCAUCAUUCUCAUCCACGGUGACCUGUCCUGGGACCAGCUGCAGAUGAUGAUCUCGAAGUCGACGACGGCCGACAUACUGAAGAUGUUCUACAAGUUGGAGGAAUUUUUCUCUCAGCAAUUCAAAUCGUCGAAGCGUGUCUUUUCCAGCCUCGAGCCGCGCCUCGCCAAUCCGUCGAUGCGGGCCAGUGCCCGGCGGCGUGAGGAGAAGAAAUCGCUCGGUCACGAGGCGUCACUUCACGAUGCGCGCCACCAUCGGCACUGGCAGCGGCCGCUGAAGCAAACCAAAGGCCUGUGGCUGUCGACGCUUGGGGUGCCCCUCUCGAACAUUGGCACCGUGCUGGGCGGUACGAUGGAGCUGCAUGGCCAAAACAUUUCACUUGCCUGCUUCCACGGCAUCAACUUUAAGGCGAAAUCGUGGGCCUUGUUCAGCCUGAAGGAACCGUGUAUCGACUUUGCCACCGAAGCGCAGCACGUCGAGUCGACCGAGGAGGUGCACAUCAUUCAGACGCUCACAUUCGGACUCGGCAUGAACAGUCAGCAGCCGCCGCAGCACCAUUCGAACGCCACCGUCGUUCGGAUGUCCCGGAAUGUUAUCUUCCCGCCACAGUUCAAGACGCUGCACGAGUGGUUCCACUACGCGUUUGCGAACAGCGAAAUCGAUGUUGAUCGGUUCCCGGUGAUCGAGCGCGAUAAGGAACACAACACCAACUCGAUCGAGCGUGCCCGUGGCUCGGGCGCAGGCGCAGCGGCCCAUCCGAAGCUGCAGGAUCCAAACCACAACCGGGAGGUGAUCUUUGCCCUGCCAAGCCUUCAGUUGCACUUCAAAACCGAACACCUGCAAGGCAUCUCGACUCCCGACACAACGCAGGACAAACCGAUGGUUGAGUGUAGCUUCAUAACGUCCUUCGAGGAUCACAUCUUCGUGACGGUUGAUGCGGACGCAUUUUUCUUCCUGCAUGAUCUCAUUACUUCCUAUCUAAGCGAAAAGGAGAAAGUGCUUGGCACCAUCAGCACCAAUCGAUCCUCGUCACCGAACCCAUCAACAGUGACCCCGCCCCCGACGGCCACCGUUGGUGGCAGCUCGGGUGGACUGUCGGUUCUCAAGUCGGGCAAUUUACUGAAAACCAGCACCGGAAACCUGGGACCGGCAUCGGCACCAUCGUUGUCGUCGCUGCGCACACAAGACUCAACCUCGAGCCAAUCCAUCGGCAAUGGUAGCGCCGUAGAUUUGAACGAACUCGGCACCGCAACGGUGGCACCCGCCCCAUUGUCGGCCGGGUCGGGCUCCAAGCAAGUCCGCUUGGAGGAUGUUGUGAAAGUGGACGGUGGCGCGAUCAGUACAACAGGGCCCAGCACGCUGUCAAGUGGUCAAGCGAGUGGUGCACUGGGCACUGGCAAACACGUAAACAUUGUGGUGGAGAAAUCCGACCUGGAAUCGUUCAUGCGUACCGAUUGGCGACACUUUAACUGCAAAACAUGGCACCUGGAACCGACAGUGAGGUUACUGUCGUGGGCUGGCAAAUCGAUCGAACCGUACGGAAUCGAUUACAUACUGAACAAGCUUGGCUUCAGCCAUGCCCGUACGACCAUUCCCAAGUGGCUACAGCGUGGGUUUAUGGACCCCCUCGACAAGCUGGAAGCUCUGCUCAUGCUGCAGCUGCUGGUGAUGGUGAAGGAUAACGGUACGUCCGAGGUGAAGGAAUCGAGCAAGGACAAGUGAGACUAACAAUCUGACGGUUCUGGCGAAUAAACAGUCUGAUACGCACCCGCGGCCGCAUGAUAUAGAAACUAGUAGCAGCCGCGGUGCCCAUAAGAAUGCUCAACUAUUCCGUGUAUUUCCCUCUAUAACUAACGCAAGCUACCGUAAGUCGCUACUCUAGUCGCGUUCAACAAAGUCUAUCAAUAUAUCGAAUGGCGAACAUAUCGUGCUAUUGGCGCUCUUGUUUUUUGCAUUACAAUAAAACAGCAACGGUCCAAGAAUCUAUUCGAAAGACUAUCGGAAAGUGUAGCUCGCAGCUUAACCGAUUCGGGCACCACUCCGCUUAGACUGCAAGUCAUGUAGACGUGUGAAGGGCCUGCGGUUUCUCCGUAAUCCAGGCUUCUCUUCUGGAUUCUAUUCGCAAGAUUGUC